AUGCAACAGCAAGUUUUUCUGGUUGUUAUUACUUUAACUAUUCUUCUUGUUCAACACUGUCAAUCUCAUUCUGAACAACAACCAAAAGGUUUUCCAAAACAAUUUGUUGCUAUAUUAAAUCAAACAUCCUAUUUACAUUGGAAAGAUUCUGGUGCACCAGAACAAUUAGUUUAUGAUUUUAUUAAUCAACGUGCACGAUUUGAUAUAAAAGGUUGA